GAAGAAACACAACGGCAAAUAAACCCCUCUGCUCGCCUCGGAUUACGGAGCCGCGUCGUUGAGAAGAAGGCGACGACCCCACAACGACAAAGUGACGGUUCUCAGAACAGCGCCACCACCGGCGUCUCUAUCUCGCUCUCUCUAUCUCUCUGAGAUUUUCUCGCGCUCUCCUCUGAUUUCUGUUGUGAUAUUUUGGGGUUUUUCGUUCUGGGGUCUCCGGCCAUGUCGACCGGCGGCGCCAACUCCUCCAACGGGAGUCCCAGAGUGGCCGGCGGAGCGACGUACACCACGCGGAGGAGAGUGGCGGAUUUGAUGGACGCGGCGGAGCGGACGUCGAACUUUUCGGAUUUCACGGAGGAAGAAGACGACGACGAGAGCGGGGGUAAUGGCGGGCACCACCACCACCAUUUCCACCACCACCACCCGGCGAUCAGGUACCUGCUGCUACGGGGGAGGGGCUUUUGCUGUUUGCCGGAGACGUGGCUGCUCCGGAUUGAGGAAGGGGUUUGUUCCACGGCGUCGAUGUUGCAGUCGCUGAGAUCAGGGAGGAAGAGUUUGGGGCGUCGGAUAUUGGGGGCUCUGAUGGUGAUGGUCGUGUUGUCGGUGUUUUUGAAGUUUUCGUUGUUGAGUAGUCAUGUGGAAUCGAACGGGAAGAAAAGAGAGAAUAGGCUUUUGAUCCUUCAGACAUUCAAGGACGAUUGGGUAUCGGCUCAGAGGAUCGUCGCCGAGAGACAGGCCUCCGAUGCCGUCUUGCCCAAGCGCUCAUUGGCCAAGCAUUCUAGUUCAGAAAUUUGGAUGAAACCAAACAGUGACAAUCUCUAUCGGUGCAUCACUCGACCCAGGAAUCGAAUAAGGACGGGUUCUAAAACAAACGGCUAUAUUCUUGCUCAUGCUAAUGGUGGAUUGAAUCAAAUGAGAACAGGGAUCUGUGAUAUGGUUGCUGUUGCAAAGAUUAUGAAUGCCACUCUGGUUCUUCCUUCUCUUGAUCACGAGUCGUUUUGGACAGAUCCGAGUGAUUUUAAAGAUAUUUUUGACUGGAAGCACUUCAUAAAGGUCUUGAAAGAUGAUAUUGAGAUAGUUGAGUAUUUGCCACCGCGGUUGGCAGCAGUCAAGCCCCUUUUGAAGGCCCCCGUUUCCUGGUCCAAGGCCAGUUAUUACAGAGGGGAAAUGCUUCCUUUGUUAAAGCGACAUAAAGUGAUAAAGUUUACCCACACAGACUCGCGACUUGCUAACAAUGGCCUUGCAUCCUCCAUUCAGAGACUCAGAUGCCGUGCCAAUUAUGAGGCUCUACGCUACACAAAUGAUAUUGAAGAACUUGGGAAGAAAUUGGUUGAUAGACUUAGGAAUGAAAGCGAGCCAUACAUUGCCCUCCAUUUGAGAUAUGAGAAGGACAUGCUUGCGUUCACUGGGUGCAGUCACAACCUGACUGUAGCAGAGGCUGAGGAACUCAGCACUAUGAGGUACAGUGUAAAGCAUUGGAAAGAGAAAGAAAUAGAUAGCAAUGAAAGGAGACUCCAAGGGGGAUGUCCAAUGUCCCCUAGAGAGGCAGCCAUGUUCCUGAAAGCCAUGGGGUACCCUCCAAGUACCAAAAUCUACAUAGUUGCUGGUGAGAUUUAUGGAAGCAAUAGCAUGUCUGCCUUCCGUUCAGAGUAUCCAAAUGUCUACUCCCAUUCCACGCUAGCAACCGAAAAUGAGUUGGAGCCCUUUAAGCUUUAUCAGAAUCGACUUGCAGCUUUGGAUUAUAUUUUGGCACUUGAAAGUGAUGUUUUUGUUUAUACAUAUGAUGGAAAUAUGGCAAAGGCAGUGCAGGGGCAUAGGAGGUUCGAAGGAUUUCAAAAAACUAUCAACCCCGACAGACAAAAUUUUGUUAGACUGAUUGAUCAGCUGGAUGAGGGAACCAUAUCUUGGGAGAAGUUUUCUGCGGAGGUGAAGAGUUUGCACUCUAAUAGGUUAGGGGCACCAUAUCCUAGGUUGGGAGGAGAGACACCCAGACUUGAGGAGAAUUUUUAUGCCAAUCCUUUUCCUGGGUGCAUUUGUAACAAGACACAGGAGCAAAUCGCUACCCAGAGACUCAACCAAAAACGCAGUCUGCUAAAGGCUUCUUUGGGAAGAUAAAGAGCUUUGGGUUUUGGGAGUGUGUCUCAUGCUGUGAAGUAGGCGACGCCCAUUGCUUCAGAGGUGGCUACGUUGGUUUUUGGAAUGACACCUGAUUUUUUUUUGCCCCAUCUGGAGAUUUAAGCAGCCAACAGGGUCAAUAGAUCUCAAGAUUACUUGUGGGAUUUUGAAGAUACAGUUGCAGUAUACGAAACCCAGAGCCCUUGCAAGUAAUUUGUCAAGGAAAGAAAGAAGCUUACAUGAUUUUCAGACUCACAGUGAGAUAUUAUACCUGAUAAACGUGGUCUGCGGGUAUUCCAUUUAUUCUUUAAUUUGUUUUCCUUCCUUUUAGUCAAAGUUGGUCGCUCAAUUGGGCUUCCUCAGUACAAAUUUUGUAUUUAAUACUUUGAUGAAGAUCACCAUAGAAAUUGCACUUCACUUUCAA